AUGGCCGCAAUACUAUGGAGAAGAACAGUUUUCAGCAUUUUAAAAUCCGCAAAUCCUAUAUGUCGUUCUCUAAAUUGUCACAAGCUGCUGGUAGAUGAUUUGAAGUCUUCCUGUUGUACUUUACCUUUAAAUAAUUAUGUGUUUAAUCGCCCUAUUUAUUUAACACGUGUACACCUCAGCAGUGUUAGUGACGAAACGGUUAAGAAAAUGAUGGAAGCACUAACAGACAAAUUUACGGAGGCACGAGAACUUAUGCAAGACGCGCGAGAAAGCCAAGGCACUGUUUACUUUUCGGAUGACAUGUCUGAAGCACAAGAAGCUGUGAAAGACACACUAGAGGAGUACAACUCGCUUCUCAGUAAGCUAAAUGACACACAGAAACAAAACGUUGUUAGGACUAUUGGACUGCGAAUGGAAGAGCUCAAAGCUCAACAGUCUGCAUUGGAGGAGAGUCUGAAGGAUUAAGUGUGAUGGGCUGUAUGGAAACUUAAUGACAACCAGCUGUGCCAGAUAGUACAAAAGAAAUAUCAGACAAGAGCUAACCUUGAUCGAUUGUGUGUGAGGAGAACCUGGCAACAUCUUAGUGUUCUAGGUAUUAGUAAAGAAUAAAAAGGACUUUGUCUGAAUUUGUCUAUGGCUACUGUGGACAUAGUUCGUGGUUAAAUUCCUUUACAACAUAUACCUACUGCUUGUUUAAGAAUGCCAUUUUGAUAUUUUCGAAAAGAGAUAUUGCUUUUUAUUACACAUUUUUGUUUUUUGAGACAUCUGCAGUACACUUUAUGUUCUUGAUGUGAAAGACUACCCUUUUUUGUAUAUGUAUAUUGAAAUAAAGCUAAU